GAGGGGAGGUGGGUCGCCGUCGUCUCAGUUCGUGACAGUGACACGGUGUCUCAGACGGACUGGUUUGACCUGUCACGGAGACUGUGGGGAAUAACCAUGUCUUUCACUCACACAAAUUAGCAGCGAGUUGUCUUAAAAGGAGGAGAAACGUCUGAGAAGUUCUUCACCAAGUCCGCAGGAUGGUCGAGCGCCCGUUUAAAACCACCGGGUCCGUGUGGCUGCAGCCCGUCAGCGCGUCGGUCGGACUUCCUCUCGACCAGGUAAAUUUUUUGGCGUGCCAGCUGUUUUCCCUGAUUGCCGCCUUCUGGUUUCGUCUCUACCUCAGUCCUAAACAUGCCAGUCCCCUGGUCAGGCACACGGUGGUGACUCUGCUCGGCAUCGCCUUCCUCAUCUUCUGCUUUGGCUGGUACUCUGUUCACGUCCUUAUUACGGUUUUUAUAAACUACAUCAUCACCCUCAAGGCUGACAUCAGCAAUGUGCACAAAUAUUCGAUGGUGAUGGCUAUGGGCUAUCUGACGGCGUGCCAAGUGAACCGAGUCUUCAUCUUUAACUACGGAAUCCUGUCCACUGAUUUUUCUGGACCUCUAAUGAUCGUAACCCAGAAGAUCACCACUCUGGCUUUCCAGCUCCAUGAUGGGAUGUUUAAAAAGGCUGAACAGCUGAACCCAGAACAGACGCUCCUGGCUAUACAUGAGAAGCCUUCUCUCAUCCAGUACCUCAGCUACAAUCUGAACUUCAUGAGCGUCCUGGUGGGACCAUGCAGUAACUAUAAGGAUUACUUAGACUUCAUAGAGGGCCGGCAUGUCCGCCAGAGGCUCCGCUACCACCCGCCAACAUGUAAUGGACAGAACGGCUACGAUAUGCUACCCGAACCAUCGCCUCUGAGUGCCGUCUGUCGAAAGCUGAUGGUCUGCGCCGGAUGUCUGCUGUUCUUCCUCGUGGUGACCCGGUCGUUGCCAAUAAUGUACAAUGUUGACCCGCAUUUUGUCAGCCACGCCUCCUUCCUCUCCAGACUAACCUAUGCUUUCGUCUCCAUACAAGCGGCGAGACCCAAAUUCUAUUUUGCCUGGACUCUAGCUGAUGCCAUCAACAACGCUGCAGGUUACGGGUUCAUGGGGAUGGACGCAAACGGAAAGCCAUCCUGGGACCUAAACACCAACCUUAAUAUCCUGGGAAUUGAGACAGCAACGAGCUUCAAGACUUUCAUAGACAACUGGAAUAUCCGGACGGGUAUUUGGCUCAAAACCGUGUGUUAUGACCGGGCUCCCCGGCACCGGUUGGCUUUAACCUUUAUCCUCUCCGCCAUGUGGCACGGCGUUUAUCCGGGGUAUUACUUCACCUUCAUCACCGCCAUCCCCAUCACCAUGGCAGCGCGAGCCGUGCGUAAGUCUGUCCGCCAUUACUUCCUGCACUCCAGAGGUUUGAAGCUGUUUUAUGACAUCGUGACUUGGGCAGCGACCCACCUGGCCAUCAGCUACACAGUCAUGCCUUUCCUGCUGCUGGCAGUGGAACCCACAAUUCUUUUUUACAGGUCGAUGUACUUUCACGUGCACAUCCUCAGCAUUCUGGCUGUGCUUGUCCUCCUGCUUAUCCUCCAUAGAAAGCACAAACCCAGGGAAGCGUCUUCCUCCUCUACCCAGUGUCCACAGGUCCACACCAACAACAACCACAAACAAGACUGAAAAACCCGCCGCUUCACACCUCUCAGCCUGCGGGGAGUGUCCCUCAAGGCCAAAGACUAAAAUGGGAAAACAUUAUUUAUUUUCUGAGGUGAAACAUUGACGACGGUAUGACGUGUGGCAGGAUCCUGGUUGGUGACAUCAUCUCCCACACUGUGAGACUCAAUCUUUCUUUAAGCUGCCGCUCCGUUAACAAUGCAGCAGUGUGUGAAGAGACUCUGCUUUGUCCAGCUAACACCAGGAGAUGCCAAACUCAACAAACACACACACACUCUUACAAAUAUCAGGCACAGAAAAGCAGCCUGUAGGUGUCCACUGUGACCGAGUGCGCCCGGGAGACGCACAGCGUGCGUGCACCCACAGGACGUUUUUAUUUCUGUCUGUAUGUGACUGCUGAGGCUCUGCAACCAUGCCACGGGUGAAAAAUCACAAAGGCUGUCGAUGAUUCUCCUAAUGUGCAGUUUUCACAGUAUGCAGUGACACAAAUAUAAAGGCAGCUCCUUCAUUCUUGAUUAAUUUUGCACAACAUGUCCGCCACACUAUGUCCUUGUUUGUACUGAAGGAUCGUGUGCUUUGGCCUUAAACGGUGAACUUACAAAAUCUAAUUUGAUUAAAUUGCAGAAGGUUGAAAUGUUUUUGUAAUCAGUAAAGUAGAAAUAUAGUUGUGGUGACGCGUUCAGGUCCACAGUGAGUGUAGCCACACGGUGACUGAGCUGGGAAGAUGAACACGGAAGAAAAAGUAAUAAUCCAUCAUGAAUUAAUUUUGUGGAGAGUACAAUUAAAUAUUGACUGAUUUCACCAAAUGAAGAAAAAUGACUAAUUUCACUGCACUGUGGCCCGUGGACGCCUCACCGGGAAAC